AUGCUCGAAGCAGUGGUGAUUCAGGCUAUAGGACAGUCGAGUGGUCCAGAAAUUUUAAUAUUCAAAAGAUUUAAAAACUCUUGGUCCAAUAUUAAAAAAGAAUCUUUCGACAAUGUUUAUUCCGAUGUUUUAGCUUUCAAUGACAUAGAAAACGUUGCUGCCGAGUUAAUUACAUUUUCUCAACAACAACUUAAGAAAUACCAGCCUAUAGAUGACUAUAAAGAGCUUCUCAUCUUUUUUGGGAGCAGACCCAAAACAGGAACAUCUUUUAGGGAUCCUGCCGGACUUCAUCGCGCGAGAUAA